AUGUCUGGACCUGUUGGAAGAGCAUUUGGGAUGCCAAACAUGUAAAGUACUCUUUAUUUUUUUUAAAAGUGUUACCAUGUUUUUUAUAUUCUUUGUAUUCGAUAAGGAAUUAAUUUUUAAAUAGAAAUACGGAGUUUAUUAACGACGUCUUUUUCGGCGAGACACAAGGCAGCGCUCGACACAGCAAUAGGCCCGGCCACCGAAGACAGGAUUUCCCUCAAAACCCUUUUGAAGGUAAAGUGUUUUUUAACAUAUAAUUCUAAUAAAUAAUUAUAAAACUCCGUCUGCAAGCAAAAUGAGCUUCCAAGACUCGGUAGUUUUGACUUUUAAAACACAAAUUUGCGUACGGCCCGGAAUGUUUAUAUAAUGAUAUAAAUAAAAAUAUAAAUAAAACAAUAAAAAAAUAGGCAUAAUAUUCUAAUAACAUUCAGAAUUUAUACAAAUAAAAUAAAUACAAAUGGGUAUAAUGUUCCAAUAACACUCAGAAUUUAUAUAAAAACGAAUUAAACUUAUAUUUUCAGACGAACCAGAGGCGGAGCCAUCUGAGGAAAAUGCAGUGCUUCAAGAACUUAGAGAGCUGAAAGACCUCAUGAAGUCUAUAAAAGCGAAACAGAGUGAGAUGGAAAAGACUUUGGUUAGAAUAACCAAACAGCUCGACACAAAAGACUUUGAAUUGGCAAAGUCUUCCCAUGCUGUUAGUUCAUUGUCAAUAGUACAUUACUGCAAUAGUUUAUCAUUGAAUAGAUAAAUAUGUAGAUUUUUAAACUCUGUCUUUUAUUUCAGGCAAAUGUGACCAAAAUAUGUGCUAAAGCAUAUAUACAACUUGGACGGUUCCAAAAGCCAAAUGAAAGCAAAACUGUUAGUGUCAUAUAAAGCAUUCAUUAAAUUAAAAAAAUUAAAUUUUAUAUUCUAACAUAUCAGCAUUUGCUAGCAAUUUCUGCUUGGUUAUAUUUAGGAACAACUCCGUCAAGAAUUUGCCAAUUCCCCAUAUGGUCUCACAGUUCAAGAACUCCUUCUUCAUGCCGAGCGUUUUGAGAAGGCGAAGUUCACCUGCUGGAGAGCAGAGGAAAGGAGAAGGGUAAAGCAUGCUAUCAAAUGUUUUAAUUUAGCUUAUCGUAAGUAACCUUAAGUUACCUUGUUUCUGGUGACAUCUUUUAGAUUCUGGCAGUAGGAACUUGGUCUUCUUUAAGACAAGCGUCUACAAGAGAACUGGCAGCCAAGAUCUGUGGCCUCCUCGGGGUCAAAUUUAAUGUGGUACUGGAAACCACUGUUCAACGAAACAUUGCUCUUGUGGUAAGGACCUGACAAUUGACAGACAUUGAUACUGAUACUUUCCAAUGAUUACCCAAUAAACAUAGUUACCAAAAGGUUUAAAAUCUAUUGUGAUAAAGAAGAAAAAUUAGUUUGACCUUCAAUACUUAAUAUUUUUUUCAUUAUCCACUUUCCAGAAAACAUAUGUUACAGCUGUUGGCAUACACCACUGCGAGAAAGAUGAGAAGUUUUGGCUCUUGUUUUAUAAAUGGUCCGAGGACAAAUAUGGAGCCAGAGGACCCACCCAGAUAGACUGGGACAUCAUCCUCGCGGAAGAGGAAUAA